UUCCGUUCGGACACAUCCAAGGAUACACCAACAUGGUAUCGGACUUCCAGAAUUAGCUUCGACCACAGGGUAUGUCAUUAAUUAAUUGAUUAAAUAUUAUUGAAGUGUAAGCUACGUGUGUUAAAAUAUAAAUUCGGCCAAUAGGACUAUAACACACACACACUAAAAAAAGAAGAAAAAUACCAAUUGGACAGGAAGAAGCUUGGUACAUGUCCUGUACUUUUUACUCAUGGAUCACUUCUGCUCGCGUCAGACAAUUGAUUGAAAGAAAAGAGAAAAUUAUAAUCAUGAUCUUGUGGUUUAGGCCUACACAUCAACUCACAGUCAAUUUGAAAAAGACACCACCAAUAAAAAUAAAUAAUGAUUCCUUUGAUGAAGUUGCUACUGCUGUGCUGUAUCGCAGUUUUUUUAAAUUGUAAGGAGUUGCCAACCUAUCAAAUACAUGGAUUUGAACCCAGCAAUAAUGAAAUUUUGUAUCAUGUGACAGUCCAUAACACAACAGGUGAUAUCUACAUAGGAGCCUACAAUGCAUUGUACAGACUGUCAGAGGAUUUCAACAUCAUUGCAACAACUUCAACUUGUUUGCCAGCUGAUGAUGAUUGUGGCAACCAAAAUGGGGUAUUAGCCAUUGAUUAUGAUCACGAUAGGUUGAUUACUUGUGGAGCAGGAAACAGUGGAAGAUGUGAAGCACGGUUCCUGAUGGAUUUAUCUUUGGAUGGAAGCAAUUUUUUAGAGGGAAUUUUUAGUGCUGUUGGACUCAUUGCUCCUGGUUUAAUUGGUGACAAAAUUGAAAACGUGUUGUAUUUGUCAUCCAGUCAUACUUCAUUAGAUGGUGUAAAUUUUCCAAUGUAUGCUAAUGCAAGAACAUAUUUGGGAAGUACAUUACAAUUUGCACAGAUAGAAGAUGGUGUUCAGCUAUACUCUCGAUUCAAAGCUAACAACAGAAUCAUUAAUUUCAGAGCUGCUUUUUCAUAUAAGGAAUAUACAUAUUUCGCUGCAUUUAGACAGAAUGAUAUUGAAACAGAUGGAUUUCCUGGUUUUGAUGGGAAUGCAUUUUUUUCGAGGUUGAGUCGUGUUUGUCAUAGCAACUCAUUUGACACACUCUCUGAAGUCGUUCUUCGUUGUGUUUCUGGUGACAUUGACUUCAACUUAGUUCAGUCUAUGUCAGUAGGCCCAGUAGGGUCAAACCUGGCUACUUCACUUGGCCUCCUGGCUGGAGACGAUGUCCUCUACGGAGUGUUUGCGACGGAUGAUCCUAGUGCAAAACCGACUGAACAGUCUGCAUUGUGUGUUUACAAGUUGGAUGAUAUUGAAGAUGCGUUUUUCACAGCUUUGAAUGUUUGUCUAACUGGUUCUAAUACGGCUCGUGUUUAUCACAGACUAAAUUAUGCUGCCGGUGCUUCUUGUUCAUCAAAUAUGUUGAGUCUCAGUGCUGCUGAUGUGAUAUCCUACAUGUGCCCUGGUGAUAGAGGCCCCUUUAGAAAAUAUUCACAAGGUAUCUACACACAAGCAGCAGUGUCUCAGGCUGUGCUAACAGUCACUGACACAAUCCUGACAUCAGUAAUAGCUACAGUUGAAGAAAACCACACAAUAGCAUUCUUAGGCACAGACGAUGGACAACUGAUGAAGGUUAAUAUCAUCAGCAAAAGUUCCGCCAGAGUGUAUGAAAAUAUUACAUUAGAUGCAGGUCAAGAGAUCAGAUCAGAUACAUUUUUAGACAUAACUUCCAAUCAAUUUGUGGUGCUUACAGAAAACAUGUUGCUUAAGCUACCAGUAGCUAACUGCAGUCAGUUUACCACAUGUGAUGAGUGCAUCAGACCAACUGGAGACCAAGAUGGAGACCCAUAUUGUGGUUGGUGUACACUGCAAAAAAUAUGUACCAGAUUUAAAGAAUGUAAAAGCUCUUAUUGGUUGCCUAGCAACACUGCACAAUGCAUACAGAUUACAGAUGUUGAGCCACCAUUCGUCCAUUACACAGAUGAACAUGUCAAACUAAAAUUAACUGUUAAGCAGCUCCCACCAUUAAAUGUCAACCAAAAUUAUAGUUGUAAAUUUGGUGAUUUUGUGUCACCUGGACUGAAAGAUGGAAAAACGAUCACCUGCACAUCACCACCUAGAACACAAGUGCCACAGAUACCAAACAAAGAAGCUGCUGUAGAAGUUUCGUUAUCUGUGCAUUCAUCUGAAACUGAUGUUGAUUUUGUUACCACUCAAUUCAGGUUCUUUGAUUGCAGUGCCAUCACAUCUUGUUCCGAAUGUGUUACCAGCUUUACCUGUGUUUGGUGUCUCAAUGGCAACACAUGUACCCAAAAUGCUCCAGCAUUCUGUAGUGCAGAUGAUCAAGUGAUCUUGAAUGGCAAUGCAACUGUGACACCAGCUCCUGGUGGUAUGAAAGGUCAUGAUUCAUGUCCACAAAUUAUCCGUCAAACCAAUGAAGAACUGAUUCAUGCCAGUUUGGUGAAAGAAGUCCGUAUACCUGUUAAAAAUUUACCAAAUGCAACAAAAGUCCCCAGUGUCUAUGAGUGUGUGCUGACAAUUGAGGGGAAAACAUCAACUAUUCCGGCGUCUGUUGAGAAACCUAAUAUUACUUGUUCCCAAUACACAUAUGAUUAUGCAGCUGACGAACAGGAACUAACUGCAAAUAUUCAAAUUGUUUGGAAUAAUAACAACUUCAUUGACAACAUUUAUCAAGUUACUCUGUACAAAUGUUCAGUGCAGCGUCCAGACUGCAGCCGGUGUCUUUCUAACAAUACUACUAGACCACAGCUUAAUUGCGUCUGGUGUGGAGACCAUGGCUGUGAAUACGAUUCAUUCUGUUCAACAAAAAUUAGUGACUGUCCAGCUCCCAUAAUAACACAGGUUAUACCUCUUUCAGUUGCUACGGUAAUAACCCAGCCUGAGCCUGAUUACACUGAGGUCAUUGAACUUGUUGGAACUGAUUUUGGACAAACGUCUUCAGAUAUUGCUAGCAUUAUGAUAGAUAGCAAGGAAUGUGAAAAGAUUGCAGAUGGGUUUAACAUAGCUUCACAAACUAUUAAGUGUAGAGCUCCUGUCUUCAGCACUGCCUCUCAAAGAAAUGUCAUCAUAUCUGUCCAAGGGAAACCAAGUGGACCAGCAUACAUAGUUUAUCAGAAUCCUUUAAUUUCCGACAUCACUCCAAAGUUUGGAAUCAAGCAUGGUGGUACACGAGUGAAUAUAACCGGCAUGUUUUUGAACACCGGUCGAGAUCUUAUGGUAUCUAUGGGAGAAAGCGAGUGUUAUGUUAAAAAUGUAUCUGAAACUCAGAUACUUUGUACAACCUCGCAUUAUGCAGUUGAAGAAGAGGUAAUGGCAACGGUUACAUUUGGACAGGCUACAAGAGAUGCUUCUACCUUCACGUACACAGACAACCCAAGAGUGACAGACUUUAAUCCGAAAAGCAGUAUCAAAGCUGGUGGUCGUAAGAUUACUGUGACAGGGAUGCAUUUUCAGUAUGUGCAAGAAGCCAAGAUGCUAGUGAAUGGUGUAUCAGCUAAAGCAGUAAGAAAAUCUAAGUUCUCGUGGAAAUUUAUUCCUAAGAGGGCACCUAGAAAUAUGUCUCUCAAUCUCCAACGACAAGCACAUGUUGCAUUACCUGUGACCUUUUCGUUUGAUGGCUAUGUUAUUGAAUCGAGUGGUGAAUCUGAAUUUAGAAUUUAUCCUGAUCCUAUCUACUAUCCCUUCAGUAGUAAGACAGUAUAUGGACAACUGGUAGAAGGUGGAAUCUACAUACUAGAACGUGAUAUUACGUUAAUUCAAUUGAGGGGAUCAGGCAUAGAUCUUAGUGCCACUGAGGUCAGUGAUGUAAAGGUGUAUGUUGGUGAGACUCCAUGCAAUGUACUCUCAAUAGCUAACACGUCAGUUGUUGCAGAGGCACCAAAAGAGGAACCUGAUGCAGUAAAUGGUGGAGAUCAUCCUCUUGUCGUGAUUUAUCAUGGCAACCUUGAGGUGACAUUUGGACCAAUUCAAUAUCCUUCCUUUGAUCUGCUCAAUUUGGUGAUACCAAUUUCCGGUGCUGUCGGUGUCGGAUUAAUUUUAUUUAUAAUUAUUUGGGUUUACUUUAGAAGAAGAAUUAAACAUUUUGAUGAACAAACGCAGAAAAUUUCUUUUGAAAUGGAACACAUUCAGGACCAAGUAAAAGAAGAAGCUCAAGCCGCAAUUGCUGAUUUGACCAUCAAUUUACAAGACCUAAGUGGUGAUGACCUGCGCAGCAUUGUGAUUCCGUUUGUAAGUAACAGACAGUACAUGUAUAACAUGAUGUUCACUGGCUUUGAAAUUAUCCCAGAUUCAAGUGAAGUGGAUGUGCAGGAGGAUGAUGGGAUGCAAUCCAGAGCUCUGAACAGCUUUUCCGAGCUCCUCCUCAUCAAGCAUUUUCUAUUGACAUUCAUCAAGAUAGUGGAAAACUCAAAAAGUACUGUUAAAGAAAAGUGUACGUUUGCUUCCCUGUUGACUGUGGGAAUGGUAAAUGAAGGCAAAAUGGAUUACUUCACUGAGGUGCUGAAAGAGCUUUUAAGAGACCAUAUUGAGGAUCGUGUGGCAUCAAACAAAGCUAAGCAGGUGCUAAUAAGAACUGACUCUGUGACUGCAAAGCUAUUGUCAAAUUGGAUCACUCUAUCAAUGUACAAAUACCUUAAGGACCAUGCAGCUCGCUCACUGUAUGUUCUAUACCAGGCCAUAAAGCUUCGGAUUGAGAUGGGGGCUGUAGAUGCAGUAUCCCAAAAUGCAACAUUCUCCCUAGAUCUUGAUAAGAGUCUACUUACAGACAUAACUGCAGAGGUUUUGACCCUGGAAGUAAUACUGAAUGCAGACAGUGGCGAAUCUCAAAAGGUCAAAGUUCUUAGCUGCGACACCAUCAGCCAAGUAAAAGAGAAGAUCCUCGACAGCUUGUACAGGAACCAGCCGUACUCAGCACGGCCAAAGUCUCAGCAUCUUGACCUCAACUGGCAACAUGGACGAGGUGGUCAUUUAACCCUAUCCGAUGUUGAUGUAACAUCUCAAACAUCAGGUCGAAUGCUUAAACUCAACACCAUUGGAGGUUUGCAGGUGACUGAUGGGUGUACGGUAUCUCUUGUGAAGAAGCAAGCCGUUGCCAAUGCUAACUUUGAUAAAGAUCUUGUCAGUCCAGUAUUAACAGCAGGCGCUUCUCACUUUGCAUUUGAAAAUGCUGCAAUGGUCCCAGAUGAUCAAGCAAUCCUUUCAGCCACUGCAGGAAGUGAGGAAUCAGGAUUUUGUCAUUAUCACCUGGAAAAGGACCUGGACAAAACCAACUGUGAUGAUUCAAAAAAGAGGAAGUCACAAAGAUUUGCUAAAAGAAAUUUCAAAGAAAUUAAGUUUCCUCGAGCGGUGGCAACCAAGGAGGCGAUUCAGGAGUAUGUGAAUGGAAUGUUUGAGACUGUGUUUUGGGCUUCCGACUCCCAGCCUCCGAUCCCUCCCUCCAUCAAGUAUCUCUUUGAUUUCUUUGAUGAGGAAGCAAAGAAUCAUGAAGUUGACGGGCUAACAUUGAAUGCAUGGAAAAACAACAGCCUACCUGCUCGCUUCUGGGUACUGGUGAUCACUCACCCUGAAUUCAUCUUUGAUAUCAGGCAGAGCAGACCAGUUGAGGGCGUGUUGGAAAUUAUCUCUAGGACGUUCCUAGAUUCCUGUUCACCAAAGAAGAUCCAGCUCACCAAAGAAUCUCCUAUCAACCGUCUACUCUACACCAAGGAAAUACCGCAAUAUCGCAGUCUUGUUGACCAAUUUUAUGAGAAAGUGCAAACAAUGGAAUUUGACCAAUCAAACUUUGUUCAAGAAAUUCAAAAUUCCUGUCGUGAUUUUGAGGGCGUGUUUAGUAGAUCAAGCACUCUGAAGCACAUAUUCACUUAUGCACAAGAGCAUAGAGAAACGGUUACCACUGUUCUAGAGGUGGAUGACUCAUAUGAGAGUUCACACUGUUUGAGUAAACUAAAAAGUGUCUUGGACAUAGUUAACACAGAACCAAUGACUCAUCAAGAAAUGCCUGGAGCUCACAGGAAUCUGAAUCAAUAUGAACAGGCUUAAAAUAGCGUAAAGUGUAAAGUAAAUUAAAAAAUAGCAAAGUUUAAAGUAAAGUUAAAAAAGCAAAGUAUACAGUAAACUCGAAUAAGUGAAGUGUUUCAUUCUUUCAAUAAUAAUUUUAUCAUUUUGUUUAUCAUAAAGGAUUUAGAAGGAGAACAAUACUAAUUUUUAGCAUAGAUGUUUGCAUUUUCCUGAAUGUUUCACAGUGGUGACAAAUUUACAAAAACAAAUAACAUGUAAAGUUAAACUUUUUUAAUUGAAUUGAAUUGAAUUUAUUUGAUGCUCAUAUAUAAAAUAUAAAAUAUAGAAAUACAAUAUAGGAAUUUUUUUUUACAAUUAUCAAACACAACGAGCAUCUGGAACACCCAUUAGGCUGGGAAUCCAGCCCAUUUCCAAUGGGGUCCAAAUUGCACAAUUAAAAAACAUGAAAGUUAUCAAAAUUAAUACAUAUUAAAAAGGAAAAGAAAAAAAGCAGCAUUUAAAAACCAAGAUGCACCCAAUUAACUAAUUAUUUAGAUAGAACGCAACAGUGCUCAAUUGUAAUUAUUGCAAUUGAGCACUAAUCCUUCAGAAAAGGAAACUGUAAGCUUGAAAUAAAACAAUUAAAAAAACAAUACAGAUACAUAGAUACAUCUCUAAGAUUAUCACUUUUAACAUCUAAAUUUAAUAUGAAAUCAAAUUUUGUGUGGAAUAGUAAGGCGUCAUAAAGCUGUUUUCGAGACAGUCAUGUUGUAGAAUAUUAAACAUGCUUAAUAUUAUGAAAAAUAUACUGCUUAAUAUUUUUUAGACAAACUAAGACUGUUCUUAGCAUUUUAUGACAGUUUUUGAGUUGGCCAACAUCAACACAUUUCUCUAAUCCUUGCAUUUAAAUUCCUAUGCCCAACCAUCUAGAACCAAUGCAUCAGACCACAGACUUUUAGCUUUGAACUCAUAAUCAAAUAUAUAACACCAAUUGUUGUUUUACAUUAUUACUAUGUUAAUAUGUAAUGUUUGUGUAUUGUGUCUGUUUAAUAAUCUGACAGUAUCUAGUUUUGUCAGUUUGUUGUUAGAGUAAAGUACUACUGUAUAACCUGUGUUAAAGCAUUUAUCUAUUUUUAUAAAAUUUUUAUUAACUAUAUAAUAACAUAUAUAUUUUUACAUUUCUAGUUUUGAUGAUUUAUUUACUCAAUUUUGUUUAUACUGUACUUUUAAAUAAAUGUAAUUUAGAUAUUAUUAUAUACAUAUACACAAGUUAAACUUAACUCAAACUUAUAAGAUAUUUCAUCAGAUUUUAGUUCCUUACAUUACUGGUAGUGAAUAUUUUGAAAGAGUUUCAUCCAGUUAUCAAUAUGACUUAAAGUGUCUCUGGCCAGUAGCGGUACUGGGAUAUAUUUAUAUUUUCUGGAGGGGGGGCUGAGCUGUUCGACAAGGGGCUAGUAGGCCUGGGUUGGGGAAAGGGUUUGAGAGGGUGUUUCCUCUCCCAAAUGAGAUUUUUUUAAGAAUAGGAACCUCUGGAUGGCCAGAAAUGACACUCCAGACUGUGAAAGACGUGUUGGCUUGGUGUGGGCCUAUUUCUAUAUUCUUUUUAGUCCAACUGUCCAAUGGGGGGAGGGGGGCCUUAGAUAAAACCUUGUAGUUUGUACACUAGUAAAAAAGAAUGGAAUAACCUCUUUGUUCAAGAUAUAUCCAAAAAUAAUUUAAAAACAUUAAUUUUUUUUAAAUAAAAGUAUUUUUUUUUAUAACUUCAUGGUCUUUAAAAAAUGUUAGUUAGAUAUUUGCAAUAUGUAAAUGUAUUUAUUGUGAGAAUUUUAUCGACAGCACCCACUAGGAUAGAGGUGCUGUUGCCUUUAAGUAAAUUUUUAAAAAAUUGUAGUAUUAUUGUUGUUUCUGAAUUAGUGGCACAAUAGGGCCUAUGUUUCUGAAAGAUUUUACAGUGUCUGUGUACCAUUAAGCUCCAUCUCACGCUAUCCGGUUUUAUGCGACAAAUACAUGUGAUGCCCAUAUUUUGGGUAUAAUUAUUAUGGCGUUUUUUAGUGUAUUUUUAGCCAGAGGUAAAACGAAUUUUAUUGUCCACUUGUUUGUUUCUUGACAGUAAAAGGGAUUCUUGAAAUCUUCAUGAAAGUA